AUCGGACAGAAUAAUGUCUACUUAUACAAUGGAAGAUAUAAUACAAACGACAGAGUACGAUUCGACUAGAGAUGACGAUUCUCUAUACGUCGCUUCGAAAUGCUGGAAACGCCUUGUGGACGCUGCUAUCAAAACUGGCUACAGAGAAGGGAUACAAGACGGAGCAGACUCUGUGCUGCAAGAGGGAUUCGAUAUUGGUUACAAAGACGGUUUCGAGACCGCUUUCACUUUAGGAAGGUACAAGGGUCUGGCUGUCGCUUCAACGCUCACAUUAGAACAUCCCACGGAUGUGGCAGCUGUUCUCAAAAGAGCCAGACGCGGUGCAUGCUGGAUAUGCGAGGUGGAAUCGCGAAAUAAAACUUCCAAUUUGCAUGAAAAAGCUCCAUUCUCCGAAGUCCUAAACGAACAGAGAGAACACUCUGCAGAAACAAUAAACAGGCUACAUGAGUAUCUUGAACCAAUCUUGAAGAAAUCGGGCAUUGAAAUCAAUUCAACUCUUUAGAUAUAUUUAAGCAAUUUACAGAUUUACCG